CCACGUUCAGUUGUAUUUUCGAAUUCUGAGCGGGAGAGAAAGAGGGAAUGGCGGAAACCCUAACCCUCGAGAGCUCCGAGAUCGAAUCAAUGGACAUGGAGACCAUUCGGAGUCGAUUUAAUCAGCUCUCGGGAUUGCGAGCUGGCGCUCUGGAUUUUUUAUCCGAUUCCACAAAUUUUGACUCCAAGAAAUUGCUGGAAGAUUGCCUCUUGAAUUUUCAGAGAAGAAUGGAGCUGAUUGACUCGGAGGCUCCAAAUAUUGCUGCUUUGCGGUCUGAAGAUUUAGGGGAUUAUAUAGAACAGUUGAAGAAAGAGUUGCACUCCGCACAGGAUGAAAACGUGAAGCUCUGUAGUGGCAUCAGCACUCUUACAAAAGCCAUCUCUGCAGAUACGGCUGAAUUUGGUGCCAACCUUGAAUCCCUGUCUUUUUUGCUGAAUGUUAUUGAUUCACAGGGUCAGCAGCUUGAUGAUAAAGAUCCACCAGCUGAUAUGGGAACCCUUGGCUUUAUAGAUGAAGGCGCAAUAGUUCUACGGGAAGAUCAUAAAUUUAAGAUUUUGGAGCUUUCUGGGCAACUUGAGAAAAGUAAAUCUAACCUAAGCACUCUGGAAUAUCUGGAUUUUGCCCUUAAAAGGGUGGAAGCAAUUGGACAGAUUGAAGAAUUAUUGUCUGAUGUAAGGGUCAUUGAUUUUGAGGGCAAUCACAUUAGGUUAUUACUUAAAACACCGAUCCCGAGUAUAGACAGCUUUCCUCUUCAAUAUAAUUCAGCAUGCUCCACGGAGCCAUCUGUUGUAGAUCAUGAACUGAUGAUUGAAGUAUCGGAAAAGACUAUAGCACCAAUGAAUCUUGAGAUUUUUCCUGCUGAUGUCUAUGUUGAUGAAAUUAUGCAUAGUGCUAAAUCUUCAAGGCAUAUUUCUACUAUGAUGUUCAGUUCAUAUUUGGGAUGGCUGGUUAGACAAGUUCAAAAACGCAUCUUAAUAUGCACAAUAAGGCGUUAUUUGGUGAGAGAUGCCAACAAAUCUAGAUACUCUUUUGAGUAUUCAGACAGAGAUGAAACAAUCACUGCUCAUAUGGUAGGGGGUAUUGAUGCUUUUAUUAAGACCUCUCAAGGCUGGCCAUUAUCAAGUGGUUCAUUGACAUUGAUUUCAAUGAAGAGCUCUGAUGAUCGAUCCAGAAGCAUUUCACUGAGUUUCUUAUGCAAAGUCAAGGACCUAGCAAACUCUUUGGACACUCAAAUACGCCGCAAACUCACAAGUUUUAUUGAUGCAAUUGAGGAGAUACUUGUACGGGAGAUGCGAUCGGAACUUCACUAGACCUCGCCCAAUAUUUCUAACCUUAAUGUAACAUAUCUCUAUCAGUGAAAUCCUACUUUAUUCUCUGUCCCAUCACUCUCAGUCUGUAAAACAUGUUGAUGUUCUUGAAACAUACACCAAGUACAAUCAGAAAUCCAAGCAAGUAAAGCCUACAUAUAUUAUUUCAGUAUACUGUUAUUACUUAUUAGUCAUUUAGCUCUUUGAAUUGAAGGAGAAAUGACAGAAGCCAAUGUUUUGAUUA